AUGCCACCCCCGCCCCCGGCCGCGUGUGGAUCCCCUGACGGCCCUCGUCUGCCUGCGCCGCCACGGUUCGCCGUCGACCUCCCCGGCCCGGCACGCCGUGCCGGCCGCACCGCCCUCGCCCCCUGCUCCGACCGCCGCGCCGGCACGACGUCCUCCGGCACCUCGUCCCCGGUGCCGCCCUGCCCCCGCCGCCCCGACCUCGUCGUUCUCGGCACCCCGACGCCGCCCUACCCCGGCCCCGUGCGCGCGCCGCCACGACCUAGCUCGUCUCCGGCGCGGCGCCCCCCGACGCCGCCCUGCACCGGCCCCGUAGUGGAAAUGGAUCCUAUGGACGAGUUAAUGCACAAGCUCAUUCGUGCUGUCGACGUCUCUAACAUCAGCAGCUUCCAUACGCCAUCGAAGAUUUUGUGGAGUGCCGCCACUUCUGUGAAUGGAACCCGGAUCGACUUCACAUGGAGCUCGGAUUCCUGCAUAAACAAUGACAACACAUCAUACCUCCUGUUGCUUUAUUUUGCGGAGGUGCAGAGGUUACCAAGGAAUGCACUGAGGCGAUUUGAUAUCCUUAUCGAUAACGUUACAUGGAACAGCAGCCAGGGGUACAGCCCGAAAUACCUUUCUGCUGAGCUUGUGAAAAGGACCGUGCAGGGAUCAAGCCAGCAUACUGUAUCACUUGUAGCCACACCAGAUGCAACUCUUCCACCAAUCCUGAAUGCAUUCGAAAUAUAUACAGUGCUGCCAAUGACUGAACUUGCGACAAAUGAUGGAGAUGCCAAGGCCAUGAUGGAAAUUCACACAAAGUAUGGAUUGAAGAAAAAUUGGAUGGGUGAUCCUUGUGCACCAAAAGCAUUUGCUUGGGAUGGAUUGAACUGCAGUUAUUCUUCAUCUGGUCCUGCAUGGAUCACAGCUCUGCACUUGUCAUCCAGUGGGUUGAGUGGCCAAAUCGAUGCCUCCUUUAGAGAUCUAAAAUCCCUUCAAUACCUGGACCUGUCCAAUAACAGUCUAUCUGGUUCAGUACCUGAUUUUCUUGCGCAAAUGCCAUCACUCACAUUCCUUGAUUUGUCAAGCAACAAAUUCAGUGGACCGGUUCCUGCAGUUCUACUACAAAAACGUCAAAAUGGAUCUCUUGUAUUAAGGACUGGUAACAACACAAAUCUGUGCGAUAAUGGUGCUUCUACCUGCAAACCAGAGAAUAAGAUUGGCAACAGAGUACUUGUCAUUGCAAUUGUUGUCCCAAUAGCAGUAGCAACUCUACUAUUUCUGGUGGCAUUUUUUAUCCUUCGAAGAAUGAAAAAUAAACAAGCAGGUGAAGCCUCUACUGCUACACCCCUCACUUGGCAUCAACGUCUCAAGAUUGCUCUCGACUCUGCCCAUGGAUUGGAGUAUCUACAUAAGGCAUGUCAACCGCCACUGAUCCACAGGGACGUGAAGACAACGAAUAUUCUGCUAUCAGCUGAACUUGAGGCAAAGAUAUCUGACUUUGGGCUCACCAAGGUGUUUGCCGACGAUUACAGGACCCACGUCACAACACAACCAGCAGGUACCCUGGGGUACCUGGACCCUGAAUAUUAUAACACAUCCUGGCUUAGUGAGAAGAGUGACGUGUACAGCUUCGGAGUUGUGCUACUGGAGCUCAUCACAGGCCAGACACUAGCAGUCCCUGUUACUGGCACUGAGAGCAUUCACAUUGCACUUUGGGUACGCCAGAAACUCUCAAUGGGCAACAUUGAGAGCAUUGUUGACCCGAGGAUGGGAGGAGAGUAUGAUGUCAACUAUGUCUGGAAAGUUACAGAAUUGGCACUGCAAUGCAAAGAGCGGCCAUCACGGGAACGGCCAACAAUGACUGAUGUUGUGGUGGAGCUCAAGGAGUGCAUGGAGCUAGAUGUGCUGCAUGCAAUGGGAUAUUACAGCUCAGCACCGAGCAGCACAAGUAAUCUCAGUGCUGCAAGUGUUGACUUACAGAGUGAUGCACAAGGAAGUGAUCCAAGACAGGAAACUGUGCUUGAGCUUGAACAGUUAGACAAUAGAUCAUCAACUCAACUAGGUCCUGCACCACGAUGAGAUGAUGGUCAAUAAUUCGUGGAGUAAGUCAAAGAUGCAUCAGAAAAUUUUAUUUCAUCAUGUCGUUGAGCUGUUAAAUCAAGUAACUAGUUGUGCAACCCUCCAUCGAUGAAUGGUGUGUAUGGCUAUGAUAGAAAUUGAAUAUGUAAUUUUCAAGUGGAGCUAGAUAUAUAGAGAACUUGUUUGAUAAUAGCUGAAACAUUGAGACAGAAAAUUUAACGGGUAUAGGAAAUAGAAUCAAGACUCAAAACCCAAUCUCCUGAUUGCUAUGGUUCUUGGGUACGUCAACAGCAUCUGAUGUGAACAAGUUUGCCUA